AUGUCUUCGGAAUCAUUUACCCUUUCUGCCCCUCCUGACACCGAUGUCUGGAAGAAGCCCCCUUCCCACAACGUCUACAACGCUCCCAUCAAGGCCGUUCCAGCCAAGCCGCUGAGCCAAUUCAAAUCCGCCAAGAUCACCUUCUCUGCGGACUGGUCAGAGCAGUACGACCAAGGCGGCCUCAUCCUCACAUUCGACUCCCUCUCUGGUCGCGAGCGGCGGUGGAUAAAGACCGGUCUGGAGUUCUACAAUGGAACCCAGCAGAUCAGCACCGUAGCCUGUGACCGCUGGGCCGACUGGAGCAUUGCCCCUCUCGCCGGCUUUGAGGACACCAAGUCCAUCACCGUCCUUGUCGAGAAGGGCCGCGACGGGCUCGGCUUGGGUCUCUGGGUGUACUACGUGAAGCAGGAUGGCACCAAGGAGCCGUUGCGUGAGAUUUGUUGGGUGUACGGAGACGAUGAUGCGUCUGGCAAGGACUGGAACUUGACCGUUGGCGCCCUGGUUGCCCGGCCGGCAAAAGAUGCAAAGGGCGACCUCGAGGUUCAUUUCAAGGACUUUGACGUGCAGUGGGAGUAA